AUGGCAGGGAGACCCACUAUAAAGAGGAAUAGAGACAAUAUAGAGGUAAAAAAGAGGAAGGCUGAAGGUGAAGGUAGAAGUGCAUUAAAGAAAGGGAAGGGUCAAGCUAAAAGGGGAAAUGUUGUGAAAAAAAGGGAAAGGGUGAAGGUGAAGGUGGAAGUGGAAGCGGUGUCAAAAAGGGAAAAUGUAAAGGUGGAGGUGGAAGUGUUGUGA